AUGUCUUCCAAAGAGCAGGAGAUCCUCGAUGCGUGCGAUAGUGGGACGUUCAAGUAUGCGCAGCAGCAGGCUCAGAAGCUGCUGAAGAAGUACCCCAAAUCGACGUAUUAUCAGGUGUUGAACAAUUAUGUCUUGCUACAGAUGGGCAGAAGGGACGAUGCCAUCUCCAAUUGCCAGAAGAUACUGGACAGCACCACUCCAAACGAUCCCAAGUCCAUUGAUCUGCUCACUGAGAUGUUCGAGUCCGUUGGUAUGACGGCAGAUGCCGAGAGGGUGUAUGAGAUGGCUGCGAAGAAGUAUCCCACGGUGGAUACCCUACUGGCGUGGUUCCAUCGAGGAUGUGACACGGCCAACCCUCGUAUCAUGCAGAAAGCGUCGAUUGCACUGAAGCAGCUGAAGCCCAGCCAGAGGAUCUUCCACUUGUGGAGUGGCUUCACCUGUUACCUGGCCGCAACCCAUGGUGAAGCCACUGCGCUGGAGAAGAGCCUCUUCCCGAAAUUGGGAUUGAAGAUUGUGGACUCAUUGAAGCCUUUGAAGAAUGAACAAGAGGUCUACGUGCUGGCCAAGCUCUUAGAGCUCAAUGGGUUGCAGUCACGUGUGGUUGAAGAGAUCCUGAGCUUUUCCAAAGAUGACAAGUUGGAUUUGGAGUUACAAAUCUUGCUGUUGAAAGCGUUGGACAACUUGGAACAAUGGGAUGAGCUAUACUCCUGGAGUUAUAAAAUCCUCCUUGACUAUAAACUGGAUGACUUUGACACUUGGAAACUCCUGAUCAAAUCCGGGCUGAAGCUGGAUAAGGAUGUCUCUUCGGUCAUUGGCAUGUUCAACUCCAGAAACUCGCAACUGGCUUCAGUGGAGUAUGACAUUGCAAAGAAUCAAGAUGUGACUGAUUCUGUGAUCAAGUACCUGAGCAACUUCAUAUCCAAGCCGUGCUCGUUCUUCGAUGUGAAGCAGUACUCGAGUCAUUUGAACAAGGAUCGAAUCUUGGAGUGGUUGGCAGAGUUGGAGAUUCCAAAGGGAGCUAAGGGCCUGACAACUGAUCUGAACAUCCAAAAGUUCAAGCUAUACUUCAACAGAGAGCUCUUUGAAGACAGUGCAACCACGAGCGAACUGAUCAAGCUAUACAACUUCUAUAAACCUUUGAACAGAUCAAAGGUCAAGACGGAUCCAAGUGGAACUUCUGAGCUGAUCCUGCUGAUUGUUCAGUCUUGGCUUUCCCAGCAAGAGAUGUCCAUUGAGUCGAUCUUGAGCAGUAUAGUCAUAUUGGAGAUGGCUGCUGCUGAGGAUGAACACGAAUUCCAUCUUCGUCUAUGGCUAAUCCAGCUGUACAACUUGAUCAAUUGUCCAUCGUUGGCUACUCAACAUUAUGACUCUUUAAACAUCAAAAACGUCCAAAAGGAUAUAUUGGGUCAUUACUUGUUGUCACGCUGUGCCAGCUUCAAUCCUUCAAUCUCCCAGCUGGAGGCUGCUGUUGAGAUUUAUAAGUCCAAUGACUACGAAUCUCUCUACUUCACAAAGAUUGGCUUCAACAAAGGUUCUUAUAACAAGCUGGAGAAGAUGCUAGAGUUCCAGAACAGACUGUCCAACAGCUACCUCAAGAGACAUCUGGCACUACAAGGAGUCCAGAUGGGCCGUAUCCUGAACGACAAAUCGUUGUCACACGAUUACAAGAAGGUCAAGAUUGUGAAGGAGUACGACAAUAGAGACAUGUCCAUCUUUUGGAACUUUGGUAUAGAUGAGCCGUUGAAG